UGCGGCCUGUUCCUACACACCUCUACGCUGUCUAGCAGUUGUUUAUGUGUACAAUUGUUUAGUAUCAGACCACGAACUUCCAUUCACAACUGUCUUUGUGGGAGCGGGAAGGGAUUUAAGCAACUGAAGAUGGCCGCUUUUCAGUUGCAGGCGGACGUUCGCGACGAUGAGGAGCAGCAGCUCAAGUUCCAGGAGUGUCUGGAUCUGCUGCUGGCCGCCGGGUACUUCCGGGCCCGCAUCCGCGGCCUCAGCGCCUUCGACAAGCUCGUAGGCGGCAUGGUCUGGUGCAUCGAGAUGUGCAGCAUGGACGUGAACGUCGACCUCUUCUACAAGGACGAGCUCAGCAUCGGCCAGAAAAUUGGCGUGACGGAGCGGAUCAUCGAGGUGCUGCCGCAGAUGGCGUGCCCGCACCGGGUGGAGCCGCACCAGAUCCAGGGCCUCGACUGUGUCCAUAUCUUCCCCGUCAUACAGUGGUUGGUGAAGAAGGCGCUGGAGAACCAGGCGGAGACGGUGGCGUACACGGUGGGCUACGGCGAGUUCCUCUUCCUCGAGUGGCAUCCGGAGCUGGCGUCACCGCGGCCACCGCCCGACCGGUGCCUGCUGCGACAGGCAGAGGAGCGGUUCCGUCGCGUUGAGCGGCCGGUAGCACCAAAGAGCUCCGAUGCGGAGUCCGCGGCACCACCUGAGCCGGCGGAGCCCUCCCUGCAGCCGGGGGCCGAGGCCGUGGCGGCCAUGCUCGGCGUGGGCGAGAUCGCGCAGGCCGCCAAGGCGUACGAGCAGCAGACGAGACAGCUGCAGGAGUCGGGCCUGGACGCGGACCAGCACGGCCGGCUGCUGGCGGCGGAGGUCACCGACGGUCUGUCGCCCGCCGCCCUGGCCACGCUAGAGGCAAUCUUGACAUCUUUUCAAGAGGCGGACGCGAUAUUGUCCGAAGAUCAAGCAUUCAAGGAAGAGUGCAAAGCUGAAUACACCAAGCUUCAAGAUGAGAUCAGCCGGCUGCAGGCGCAGGCCGCUCCAGCCGACGACGACCCCCAGACGGAGCACGAGCUGGCGCGGCGGACGGCCGCCGUCGACCGGCUCCGGGCAGAGGUGGCCUCGGCCAGCCGGCAGGUGGCGCUGCUGGAGCGGCAGCUGGACGACGUGCCGUCCCGGGCCGAGAUCGGCCAGUACCAGAAGCGUUUCGUCGAGCUCUACAACCAGGUGUCGUCCACGCACAAGGAGGCGAAGGAGUACUACGCCACCAACAACCUGCUCUCGGACACCCUGCGCUACCUGGAGAAGGAGCUGGCUCUGCUGAACUCCGUUGCGGAGAGUUACCAGGCGGCCAGCGGCUCGGCGGCCGGCCGCACCGAGUUCCUGCAGCAGCUCGACAGCAUCGUGCUGAACAUCAACAACAACAAGAAGAAGGUGCUGGCCAAGAAGCAGACGGAGAAGCGAGCUGUGGACGUGCUGACCGAGCAGCUGGACGGCUUGCGGGCGCUGGCGCGCAACUACCACGCGGCGCUCAAGCAGUUCCGCAGCGAGUGUGCCGCCAACGAGGCGCUGACGGCCGCCGAGCGGCGGUAGGAGGACGGAGCGGCGCCGUACUCCCGACUCCGGAUUCCGGACUCCCGACUCCCGACUCUGGACUCCGGACGGGGUGGCGGCGGUGACGCGGGGCUCCGGGCCUGCAGUCAGGCGGGGCUAGCGCCCGCUGCCGCUGGGACACGGCCCGUCCGGCAGCGGCCGGA